AGAAUGCAUAUAUCACACACACGUGCGCUCACACACGAAGAGAGAGACCUCUGGGAUUUCCCAGCGCUUCUCUUGCAUGUGGUAUUACAAUGGACUCCUCCUUCCACAGACGUAAUAUGAUGAUCUGUCUUAAUGUUCUCCCAAAGCGUUUUUCUCCAGAAGGAAAAAAAAAAUCACACUGUACACUUCUGAAGAAGCCACAUUGAGAUAAUCUGAGCUUCCAGGACAGAAGCGUGAGAAGAAAUUUACUCCAUAGAGAAGAUCCUCAUUUCCCAUAAUCUGCCAGUGGGAUUAAUUCAUAAACCAUGAAUGGAGGUUUCCUGUGUCCUUUUCAGUUGUGUUUAUGGAAUUCAGUGUGUGAUGAAAAAGCUUCAAGUCACAGCAUAUGAGAGACAUCGUUCUCACAGACUGGCCUUCUAUUGAUGGACAUCAUCCAUCACAUUGUGGCCGAACCUUGGACUCAGCCAAGAACAUCCAGCUUGCCCUGGAUAAGAACAGCAGACAAAUCUGGCUCUAAAAGAACACCAUGACAGUGACACCUGCACCUGGAAACAUGUCUUCAACAUGCCAUGUGGAUUCUGAGUUCAGAUAUAUACUGUUCACUGUCUACUACAGCAUCAUCUUUAUUCUGGGCUUCAUAGCUAACACCUAUGUGCUGUGGCUUUUCCAUCGGGUUUAUGCUACAAAGAAAUUAAAUGAAAUAAAAAUAUUCAUAGUCAACUUGACAACUGCUGACUUACUUUUCCUAGUUACAUUGCCAAUGUGGAUUAUUUAUUACCACAACAAAGGGAACUGGAUCAUGCCCCAUUUUCUGUGUAACAUAGCUGGCUACUUAUUCUUUGUGAAUACAUACUGCUCUGUGGCAUUCCUGGGAGUCAUAACUUACAAUCGUUACCAAGCAGUUACAAGGCCCAUUUCAACGGUUCAGUCCAGCACACGAAGAAGAGGAAUUUAUAUUACUGUAGCUAUCUGGGUCAUGAUAGGUAUUCCUUCCACCUACUUUCUGGCUGAUGAUGGUACGACCCUUGAGGGGCAUCUGGUACGCUGUUUUGAGCGUUAUAAUACCUCCGCUAAUACAACUCCUGUCCUUGCCUCCCAUGGGAUUAUUUGUAUUUGUUUCUUCAUUACUUUCCUGCUUGUCUUGAUAUGUAAUGCUUUCAUCAUCCGGACAUUGCUUUCCAAACCAAUGCAAACUCGGAGGAGUGUUCGCGUCAAGCAACGGGCUCUCUGGUUAGUGUGCACAGUUUUGACUGUCUUCAUUUUUUGUUUUGUGCCUCACCACUUGGUGGACUUACCCUGGACUUUGAUGGUUCUAGACAAAUGGAAUAUAAGUUGCCAAAGCAAAAAACUGUUGAAUGAUCUCCACCAGGCAACCCUUGUCUUUCUGGGUGCCAACUGUGUCUUGGACCCUAUCAUUUAUUGCUUUCUCACGAAAAAGUUCAGGAAACAUCUUUCUGAAAAUUUUAAAAACAUAAAAGACAGUCGAAAAUGUUCCAGGCAAACAACUGAUACUGGAGUGGAAGGGAUGGUGCAGUUAGAAGAUUGUCUCUCUCCCUUCCCCAAAUCUUAAAAGUAUUUUAGACUCAAGAUGGAGGGAGGCACCUCUGUAACAGCAAAAAAAGGACCAAAAAACAUAAAUUUGGCUACAAUUUCCAUAUGUUAAAGUACAAGCAUACACUGUAUGCAAAUCAGGAAAUACGGUAUAUCUCCUCACAAGCAGCAAAGAUUAUCAAAUGAUUUGUGUGUCUAUUCAAUUUGCUGCCCAGAUGUUAACUGAAGAUGGCCAGCUUCUGGGGCCUACUUUUCAUUCUUAAGGAAUUGGACUGAACUAUAUCUAAACUGAGAGACCUUCUGAGUGAAAGUAGAACGAAAGGAUAACUUUCCUAUAGAAGAGCAAAAUGUACUUAUUGUCAGUGUCAAGUAAAAGCUGAUGGCCAGCAAGAAUUCUUGGCAAAUUAAUUUAGGACCACAGCUCUUGUUUAAAACAUUAAGAAUUGGAAGUCAUAUAACACAAAUGCAAGAACUCUGAAAGACCAUGCCAUAUCUCAAAUGAGAUGACUUUGGGUAUUGUCGUCAGGGGAAAGAAUUUGUGAAUCUCUUAUUUGAAAGAUGGAUAUUACAUUGUUGCAGCCCUGAUAUAAUAUAUUUGAUAACAGUGUUUUUCUGUUUUCAGCAUGAGGUACUUCAAAUCUCUUGGAAUUGGGUGGGCAUCUUUAGGCACAUACCAGGUCUUUCUUGGAACCUAGCACCAAUACCUAAGACAGGGCUAUGGGAUUCUUUUCCAUCAAAGAUUGCAUUCCCAUGGGUAUCCUCCUCCUCCUGCUCUUUUGCCAUUCUUCCACACCCAGAAAGGCUGAGACCUACAGUGCCAAAAAUGUCCACUCAUGGGUUAGCCAAGAAUCCAUAUGCAAAUUUAGAAGAUGAGGUAGGAAAGAAGACGACCUAUCCUGAAGCAAGCCUGGAGUAUGGGAGAACCAUUGUCUCUAGGUCCCCUAAGGGUAAAUUCUCAUUUUUUCUUUGCAGUCAUACCUAUGGAAAAGUAAAACCUGAAAUACAAGCUUACGUGAAAAUAAGACUUCUGGCAUAUGUCUGCCCACUUCAACGUAUUCUCCUUCUCUACAUUUGUAGCCUUCCACAGUUUGACAGGCACACAUCUGAGGCAGGAGCCUUUCAUAUGCAUGAAGGUUCUUCAUGAUGACUAUGCUAAGGAAUGUUUGAAUUUCUCAGGAGACCCAACUGUUGCCUAAUGGUUCAUUUCUAUCCAUUGCUUUGUAAUGGUGUAACCUUAAAAAGCAGUUAAAAAUAUAACUAAUAAAUAAGAAUGGUGGUUUAUUAUACCUUG